AUGAGUGGACUUCGAAUCCAAGUCCCUCGCGGCAGUGACAAUAACAAAGACGAUGACGAUGGAAAUGGCAAUGGAAACGAUGACCCAAGUGAGGUGCAUUACGACGAGCCAGUGCCGCAUCGCACCGUGAGAUCCUUAAAUGGCAUCCUUGGCGAACCGGUUCUCUUGCAACACCGUUUUACAAACUCACCUUCGUCCUCGCCGGGCAGCAAUGGCUCGACGUUUAUGCCGCCCGUGAGCCCCAUUUCUGCGCAAUUUGAUAGAAUAGCCCAAUUGCCUACACCAGUGUUGAAAAACGGCUCGUUUUCAAACUAUAGCCACGCCCAAUAUGCUAUGCACUCACCCCCGCGAAGAAGACAAACUGGUACUGGAACAGAUUCAACCACUAUAGCGCUGGCAGCUUCUGGUCGAAUUGUUUCCGACUAUAAACCCAUUGCACGUGUUCGCAGCUUAAACUUUCCAAAGCGAAUCAACUCCAAUCCUGCUCAAGUGCUGCUGCUGCUGCUGCUGCUGCUACAACAACAACCACAGCCACCACCACCACCACCACAACAACAACAACAACAACAAGAAAAGCCUCAAAAUACUCCAAGUGCUUCGAGCACUAUAUGUUCACUCGACUCAAACAGAGCCAAACAGGAACGAGAACAAGAACAGGAGCAAGAGCAAGGGCGAGAGCAGCAGCCCCUGCUGCAGCAGCAAACUAUUGAAUCGCCAAUAACCCCCAACACCUCCCCCACCUUGCCCCAGCUUUCAAAAUUCUCAGAAAGCCUGUUUUAUUCAAAACGAUUUGGCAUCACUUUUUCCUUUGUCCGCGAAAUAGGCCAGGGAAAUUUCAGUAAAGUUGUAUUGGCGAAAAGUUUUGAUGACGAAGUUGCCAUAAAAAUCAUCACCAUACCGGAAUCCAAAUCCCAAAUCCCCAAUUUCAAAUCAUUCAUUAAAAGAGAAUUAAACAUCCUUUAUCAUGUUUCGUAUCACCCAUGCAUCACCUCAUUAAUCGAUUACGACAUUACUCUCAACAUCUCGUCACUGGAAAUUGAAUGUGAAACUUUACCUUCAGAAGAAUCGGAACCAACGCAACCACCACCACCACCACCAGGAGCACAAGAAAAUCUGGAAAUUGGUGACACUGCAAAUGGCGGCGCCGAUCAAUUGAUUUUCAUGAAUUAUUGCCACGGGGGCAACUUGCUCAAUUUCCUAUUGCAGCAUAACCAACUGGUCAAUAUCCAGAAUCUCGGCUAUUGGAUCUACCUCAAACGAGUUGCUUGUGAACUCAUCCUCACAACGGCCUUUUUGCACGAGCAAAACAUUAUCCAUCGCGAUAUCAAGUUGGAAAACAUUUUGCUCUUGUACACGGCUGAAGAAGUUGACCAGAUUUUCGCCUGUAACCAAACCAUGGAGACCCCCUUUAUCAACCUCAGCGAUUUCGGAUUGUCGAAAAAAUUGGACUCGCCCGAGCAAUUACUACAAACUCGAUGCGGCUCCCAGGACUAUAUCUCGCCCGAGAUUCUCAUGGGGUUGAGCUAUGACGGGAGACUAACCGACACAUGGGCCGUUGGUGUACUCAUUUACUGCAUGCUUGAAAACAAACUACCCUUUGAUGUCAAUCUGAACUCAGCACCAAACUCAAAAUCACCCUCGGGCAUCUCCCCUUCGGUUUUGAAAAGAAGGAGAUCUAAAAAGACAAGCACUGCGCAUCGCAUCGCCAUGAUUGACUGGGGCUGGCUAGACGUCCACGACCAAAUCUCCAGCCAAGACAUUGAUGCGGGAAUCCGAGAGAUUUUCCAACAGUUGAAGUUGUUUGUCGAUAUGGUCUUGGUGCGCAAAGACCGCAGACCCAACGUUGGCGAAAUCAUCAAGAUGCCCGAGUUUCGUUGGAUCACGGAAUGCGUUCCCGCCCCAAUCGUGAGCUUUGCAACAUGGACCCCAUAA